AUGGGUGUCCCAGGACAUUCAAAAUUGGCAGAACCCGUGAGAGCAUCGUCAAAACCUAAUGUCAAACCGCUAAGGCAGAAACAAGGUCCUAUAGAACAAGGUGUGAAGAGGGGGCUGGAAAAACUAAUAGAUACAUUUCAACAACACGGGCUGUUAGUGGAAUGUCAGUUGGAGUAUAACACCCCUAUUUUGCCGACGGGGAAUUGUCUCCUAAGGUACCUCGGCGUCAUGCCCGCGUACAGCGCUGCGGAUGAUGCUCUGAUAACCAAGUUGGUGACUUUCUAUGAGCACCUGAAGGAUUCCCCUGCCCCUUCUCACCAAGCGACUGUCCUCUUGUUUGACCCUCGCAAUGGUUCUUUGAAAGCUGUCCUGGAUGGCAGUGUCAUCACAGCAAAGCGAACAGCUGCAGUUUCUGCCAUUGCUACCAAGUUGUUAAUGCCAGCUUUUGCAGAGGUGCUGUGCAUUUUGGGAGCUGGUGUUCAAGCAUACAGCCAUUAUGAAAUCCUCACAGAACUCUUCACGUUUAAAGAGGUCAGGAUAUGGAAUCGCAGCAAGGAGAAAGCAGAGAAGUUUGCCAGCUCUGUCCAUGGUCCCGUGCGGGUUUGCUCCUCUGCCCAGGAGGCCGUUGUUGGGGCUGAUGUGAUUGUAACAGUCACCAUGGCAGCAGAACCCAUCCUGUCUGGGGCCUGGGUAAAGCCAGGUGCCCACAUCAAUGCUAUUGGUGCAAGCAGACCAGACUGGAGAGAAUUGGAUGAUGAACUGAUGAAGAAUUGCUUUCUGUUUGUGGAUUCCAAAGAGGCUGCUCUUACUGAAUCAGGAGAUGUUAUAUUAUCAGGGGCAGAGAUUUUUGCUGAGCUGGGAGAGGUACUGAAGGGUACAAAACCAGCCCUGCCUGAGAAAACAACAGUGUUUAAAUCCUUGGGGCUGGCGGUUGAAGAUGCAGUAGCAGCAAAAUUUGUUUAUGAUGCGUGGUCAGCUGCAAACUAAAGGGGAAGUCUACAACACCAAUGAGGCCAAGAGAAUGGUUUGCACUUGGUUUCCUUGGAUCCUUUGUUAACAAGAAAGGCACCAAUCUCAUCUGAAAGUAGCCCUUCUAGAACACUCAAGAAUUAAAAGUAAAAAUUCAGCAGUUGACUGAUUUCUCAAGUUUUCUAAUUGCAAAUCUUAGAUACCUGCAGUAUUGCUAAUAAAUGUAUCUCUCUUGUAACAACAGGUAUUAGAUGUUUGCAGUGAUACUAACCAGGGUAUCUUUCCAUAUUUUGGUGUCAUUCUGGAAUCAAUGCCUUCCUCCCUAAUUAUUUAUGUUUUUGCCGUCUUUCCAUAGAUUUUGUGGUUUUUUGACAGUUAAUUCAUACUGGGGUUAAAUACAUCAGUUUGGAGAAUGGACUCUGGCAUCAUAUUUGCCUGUGAUGGUACUUUAAAUGCAGCUAUGGGUCUCAGUUCUCCAGUGACAGUAACCUUGUCUCUGGUCUCCUGGGAACACAGCCCAGCUCUGACUCCUGGACAUCCCUUCCCUUCCAACUUACACUGGGAUCUGGAAGUCACCAUUUUUAUUUUCACCCCUUGCAAUCCACCUUCCCCACCCCCAGACCCAGUGGUUUUUCAUUUAAGAGCACAGGUCUGAGUGGGAGUUUAUAUACAUAAUUAUGCCUCCACACUGUUAGAUUUCCUCUCAGUACUUCCCUUAGUUCAUUCCUCUGUGGGAUACUGCCAUUUUCAUAUGAGAACUAAAAUGUGUUUUAACUUUUAUCUGUGUUCUGUGGGGAGAUUUUGCUAUUAACCUAUGGUGCCUGUAAGUUCUAAGUUUCAUGAAGGUUGGAACCACACAAACUCAUUUCUGUAUGGUAAACUUCAAAUGUACAGGCAAAUAUUUUCAGUUUGGCUGUGCCAUGCCUCGAUUAGUAAUUGUUCUAUUAUCCCAAAUAUUAGCUGGGGCAGGAAUUUUCAUGAUCCUUCCCUGGCAGAGGAACCCUGUGACAUAAGGAAGAGUUCCAGUUUUGUGUUGUUAUGCAACUGCCUUGCAAAAGAUCGAGCAUCUGCUGAAAAAUAGCUAUUGCCCUGGAAACAAAUUCCUGUCUCAGGCUAGAGCUGUGCCUUGCAAAAUUUUAUUUCUAUUUGCAUAUUAUUUCAUGCAGGCUAUUAAGUGUUUCUUCAUGCUGUGGAAGAGUUAGAUGAAACAAUGCCAGUAGAAUAGAGUGGAGCAACAGGAAGGAGGUUCAGAAGCAGGUGGCAUUAAAGCCCCUGGUGGUGCAUAGGUAAGUACAGAAGAGGCUAAUGAGUACAGUGCAGGUGUGAUGUAAAUAAUACUCCCAAUUAUAAGCCUGGUGUAAGCUAGUUGGAAAAAAGUAGUAAGUGGCAGUUUGUAAUUUGCAGAGGUAGCAUAGAAAGGGUACCAGACCAGUAAGGGAAUAGGGACAAAGGAUGUGUUUGUGUGGAUAGAAGUUGAACUCCAUUGAUCCUGUUUAUUACAUCAGAAAGAACAACAGAAAUUUCUCUGUAAGCUUUUGCAUUUUAAUUGUAGCAAAAUUACCCUUCUAUUUUUAUGUCUUGUUUCCUUUUUGUAAUUUCUGAAGUGUUCAGAAGUGUGUGUGUUGACUUAGUUUUGUUACUUCAGUGAUGGAGAACUCCACUAGCGUGAGGCAAACAUGAAAGCCAUCAAAUUUGCAUUAUUCAGGAACUGUAUGGAAAUGUACUAUUUAUGACAACAUUCCCCCAGUCCUGUGCCCGUGUAACACAAGAUCUGUAAUUUGAAGUGAAACACCAUGUUUGGGAAGAAGUUUAUUUUCACACGUACUCUGCUACAGACUAUGCACUUUAAAAAGUAGAUUGAGCCAGUCCAAAGAGCUGGUUCUGAAAACCCACAGUGUUCUCAGCUUUCAUUGGCAAUGGGAGGUUCUGGGAGCCUGGUUCAGUGUUGUACCUCUGAUGUCAUGAAGAGGAAUCGGUUCAGUUAUAUGGGAAUUGCUUGGAUGCCAUCCUUAAGUUUUUUGAGGGGAAAGAAUAGCAUCAGUUUCCAUGUUUCCUUCUCUUACAAAUUAGAGGAUCAAGAAAUUGUGUAACUUGCAUUUAUAUUAAAAAUAA